CUAAUUCUUCCCAAACUACGUAAUUGUGUGCGCAUUUACAGAAACCCUAGCAGAUCAUUAAUUUGUGCUAUAAAGCCCUCCUUAAACCCCUCCCUCUCUUCGUGCUACUCUGUCUUCCCUCUGUCUCCAAGCAUCACCACCAACGCUCUAUCUCCUCUUUCGGUUGCAAUGGCGUUUUGGGGUGUUGAAGUCAAACCAGGGCAGUCCCUGAAAGUUGACGCUGAUGAAGUGAUCCAUAUUUCCCAGGCAUCUUUGGGUGAGGUGAAGGAUGACAAUGGAGCCAAGAAUGUUUUGCUCCGUAUGAAGGUGGGAAAGGAGAACUUUGUCAUAGGAACUCUCUCAGCUGGAGAAAGACCACAAAUAAUGUGUGACUUGUAUCUUAACAAAGAGUUUGAACUCUCUCAUGACUUGAAAAGUGGAAGUGUCUACUUUCUUGGAUACUCUGAACCAGAAUUUGGUGAAGAGGAAAGUGAUUCUGAUGAUACCUCUGAGUCUGAAGAGGAUUUACCCAUAAAUGCCCUGGAAAAUGCCAAGACUGCUAAUGGGUUGAAGCAGGAGGAGAAAAAGAAAGCUGCUACACAAGUGCCUUCUAAGAAACCAGCAUUGAAACCAUCAAAACCAGCUGUUGAAGACCAUGAUCCUGAUGAGGAUGAUGACUCUUUUGAUGAUGAUGAUUUUGGUAGUGAGGAUUCUGAUGAAAGUAUGGAAGAUGGUGACUCAUCUGAUGAAGCAGAAUCUGAUGAAGAUGAUUCAGAUGAAGAGACACCAGUGGUACCCAUGGAGCAGCCAAAGAAAAGGCAAGCUGAAUCUGGCGCAGCAACCAAAGCUCCUCAAAAGAAAGCAAAGCAAACCCCACCUCAAAAGACAGUUACUAAGAAAGUUCCAUCUCCUGCUAAGCAACCUAAAACAACCCCCCAUUCAAUGAAUAGUUCAAACAAGUCCAAAAAGAAAAAUUUCCCAAGAAAGCUGUAAGGUUGCGUCUUCUUUAUCUAGAACUGAAGUUACCGAAUAUUAUUCACUAGUCACUACUCUGCGCAACCCAACAAUUUUGGCACUGGUUUACAAUUUUUGAGUGAUUACAAAUGAAAGUAUCAUUUGAUAUCUAAAUAUUGUUUUUUAGUUUUUGAUACAAUUUGAUUUUGUUGCAAUGGUAAUCAGAUUUUAAAGUACAAUUAGUGUGAUGUUGUAGCCUUUAUCUUAAUGAGUAAUUUCUCUGAAUUCGAAAGUUAUCAUAUUUGCUUAUUGAAUUGGAUUCCCUCUUUUGGAAGUUUAUAGAAGUUUGUCAUUUUCAA